AGCGGCAUUCGUUUUUCAAUCGGUGGCUUUCUUGUGCUCUGUGAUGGCGGCAAGCCUUCUAGCCCUCUGCGCUGCAUGUUUCGUCUGCACUGCAGCCAGUUACAUGCAAAAUGACAUCCCCAAAUGUGAAUAUCAAGAGCUUCCUUGUGAAAGCGGCCAGUGUGUGGACAGGACGUCCUGGUGCGAUGGACCACCGGACUGCUUCGACGAUUCGGAUGAAAAAUAUUGUCGUACAUUUGAUCCAAGUGAGUCGAAACGUCCCAACAACCUGAAUGACUGCAGCGAAUCCCGCUACUUCCAGUGCCUGAACGGAAUGUGCAUCCCCAAGGUGGCCCGGUGCAACGACAUGCCCGACUGCCAGGACGGCGAGGACGAAGAGAAUUGCGGUCCCAACAACCUGAAUGACUGCAGCGAAUCCCGCUACUUCCAGUGCCUGAACGGAAUGUGCAUCCCCAAGGUGGCCCGGUGCAACGACAUGCCCGACUGCCAGGACGGCGAGGACGAAGAGAAUUGCGAUUACUUAUAUGAAUCGAAUGAGCCUAGUGAAGAAGACACGAAAACUGAUUCACCAACUUCUACGGCAUCUGCCUUGAACUUGACAACAACAUCGACCACUACGAAACCAUUUGUUGCAACGACAACGACUGAAGCGCCUCCGAGCACUCUUCCUAGCAAAUAUAUUCCUCGUGGUGACACGUCUUGGAUUCCCUCUCGAUUCGAUGUUCUUCAAAAAUCCAUUCAUCACCUCUUGGAACAGCGUGAUGCUCUGUGGGGUUGGGGGCGAUCGACGCCAAGAAUGGUCACUGCUCUGUACUUGUCCAAUGCCAGCUACUUCGACAAGGACAACUAUGAAGGUUUGCUAACGAAGAAGCAACUGGAAGUCCAGCUGGCCCUUGAUCUGAUGAGGCACAACGAGAAGCCCCUCCGCAUGCACGAUCUCGUCCAUUACGUGCACGCCCUCCUGGCCACUUGUGUCAAUCCUCGCGAUUUCCAUGGGGUGAAUGUCGUCAAGUUGCUCAAAAAGGCGAUGGGGCGGCGACAGACCAAAGGUCUCUUCGUCAGUCCUCUGGCCCACCUGGCCCUGUGCAAUGCAGGGGACGCUGCAGACCCCCACCUCAGGAGGCUUAAAAAUAUGGCGUACAGAAGAAAUGAAGAGCCACGCUGGCUUGAUGUGCAGACCUAUGCUCUACUGGCUAUUUCGUGCUUUGCAGCCCAGAACAGUAGCCAUGCCAAGGAAUGGAGGACCAUGAGGAGAGACGUCGCCAAGAACAUCAGUGAGUGGCAGCAAGCCGAUGGGGGACUUGGCAGCAUACACAGUACGGGCCUCGCUCUACAGGCCCUGAUUGCUGCCGAGGAGCCCGGCACUGAGACCGCCAAAGGUCGAGCUAUGACCUACCUCUUGAUGAACCAGAACUGGCAAGGUGUCUAUGGCAACGAGCUCGACAAUUACUACGUCAUGCCUGCCCUCAACAUGAAAAGUCUCGCCUCUGUACAUCACAGGAAAUGUAGAGCACAUGCUCACGAUACGCAAGGCAUUGAAGGAGAACGUUCUUCAGCCGAGAAUGCGAAACACACGAUGGUUCAUUACUCUUUGUGGAUAGGAGGGGACAAAAACGAGAUCCAGACCCUCACAUUAGCAAUGCCUCGUCAUUCCAAUUUUCUCGACGUCAUGGAAGCGGCUCAAAAGCUCAAUCCGCACUUCAAACAUGAAUUUCUGACUGUCGGCAAGAAGACCACUGUUCAUGCCAUUGCCGGACGUCAUUCGGACAUAGAGCGGGGCGUCUACUGGACUCUCUACAGAAAAGUGCCCGUUCCAUUCCGGCCGAGACUGUCCAACACAACGGCAACAGAAGCACGUCUAAAGCUACUUGGGGCUAAGAGAUGGACCAAAGAUCUCCGCAAACUUCACCCAAGAGAUGGAGAAAACCUCGCUUUCUGGUACAAGCCUUACUUGUAAAAGAAAAACUGUUUCCACUUAGUCUUCCAAAUGUCCACAUAUAUUUGAAACGUGUGAGAAAAAUAAUAUUUUGGCUUUAAACUCAUCAAGACUUUCAACGUGUGAUUUAUGUUCGUGCCUCCGUUAGUAUUGUAUUAAACUUGAAAGAUAAGACGACGAUUUGAUAGCAUUGUCACCGUUACUUUAUUGAGCCAUUUUCACAAUCACUUGAAUGUGAAAUUUUUGAAUUUUUUUUUCCUUUCUUUCUUUCUUCUUCUUCUUUUUUUUUUUUUUUUGAUAUUUGUAAAUGAUUUUUUUGUGUCUUUAUUUUGUUUGGCAGCGCUUUGACGAGUGUUUUCGAGAUGGUUUCUUAAAUUUAAUUAGCAAUGUUAGUAGAUGGCAAUCCAAGUAUCAAGAAUUCAUUUUAUUUGACAAAACCUCCUUAUUAUUCAGGCGGCUAACAAUUUCGAAUAAUUGAAUGCUUUUUGUAUAAUCCUUUGACUUCACUUUUAGUUUUACCCAUUUGCUUUCCAUCUACUUAUAUGCAAUUAUACUGUUUUAUAAUAAGUGAAUACCUUAUAUUAUUAGAAUGCUUCUUAUGCAUAAAUGAAGGAGAGAGAAUUCUCUGUACCGUUUUAUAGAAAAUUUUAAACAUUUUAAAAGAAUGAAUCGUUUUUAUUCCUCUUAUACCUGAUUUAUAAAAGUGAUUUGUUAGUAAAAAGAAGGGGAAAAAAAGUAUUGGUCCCAUUAUAUGAUGAAGUUUCAUAUUCUUCCAAAAUUAGAAAUGUUACAUACAUUUUAUUUUUAAAUUAUUUUUGAACAAUGCACAGAUAUGUUUACAAAUGUAAUAUCAAACUCGAGUUGAUUUUUAUGUAUGCUUAGUUUCGUGAGAAAAUAGUUGAUUUGAGUAGCAUUUUUGAUUUUCAUGACCAUUUAUUUAUAUUUGUUGGAGACAAAUGAAGCACGUAGAGCUUAUUUUUCUAAUGACAAGUUACAUUUGAAAAAAAAUAUUUGUCAUUUUUUUUUUAUAGAAAAUAAGUUGCAAGCUCGGUUGUGCUUGAAAUGUAAUGUUUUUCACAUAUACAGAAUUUUUUUUAAACAUUGUGCAUUCUACCUCAUCUCAAAUUUUUUCUUUCCUUUUUUGUUAUCUUUUCUGUGUUUUAGAGUAAUUUAUUUUAGACCUUCUUUUGAGACAAUGGUAGCAUUAGAGGAAAUUUCAAGUUUGUUAUUUCUUCGUCCAUCAGUUUCGUUAUUUUUUUUUAUUAAUCAAAUAUAAUUUGCUGAAGAUUUAGCGAAGCUUUUUGUGAUCUGAGCUCAAGUAUUUAGUCCUUGGUAUUGUGUCGUUUAUUUGAUUCAUAUCCGAAAUUUUUUGUAAAGUUUAUUUGUAAAUAUUUAAUAUGAACUAUUUUUAUAUUUUGCUUGUAUACUGGGAUGUAUAGAAACUUGUGUUUUGUAAUAAAUGUUGUUUUCUUGAGAAUAA